UUGAGACUCUGCAGGAAUGUGCUCUUUAACUUCAAGAAUCUGAAAGCACUGUUGCAAGUGCAUGUAGUAGAAAAUGCAGCAUACAAUGUCUUGCUGGAAAGACCAUUCUCUAUGCUCUGCAAAACCAAAAUUGACAACUAUACUAAUAGAGAGCAGAUCCUCACAAUUCAUGAUUCAAACACUGAGAUAGAAACAGUAAUCCCUACCUAA